CCCAAAAAGCAGCAAAGAAGGAGAAUCAGUUCACAAAAGGCAUAGUUGAUACAGCACUUAGUGGUUCCAUGAUUUCCAACAAAGAUGAUGAUGCGAUAAUUAAGAUGAAGACCGAAGCUGGGAUGAUAGACUUGUUGUCCGUUAGCCAAGCUUUUAGUUGCACAUAUGAGGUUCCUACUUCGACCAAACAAACAAUUGGAUCCGAAUAGUAAGCGUUUCUGGGAAAACCAAUCAGAGGUUAAAGAAACUUUAACCACUGAGCAUUGUAAUCACUUAGGACAUGUAGAUAAAAUGGAGGAUAAAAACCCAUUCUAUCCAAGGCUACAAUGUGUGUCUGAAUUUGACAACAGACUAUUCACUUUCUUGGAGUCCUGUUCUGCACUGACAAACAUUGCUGGGAUGCCAUCCAGACUGCUUGUAAAUGAUGAAAAACCAUGGGCAACAGAUCAGAAGAUAAUCUGGAAGAAACAGUUGAAAACAAUGAAGGAGAUAUUACCACAAUGGGCAUCAGAGGAGGAUGAAAAACACAAAAAUGAAAUGGUUUUACUGUCACUUUCACAAAGUAAUGCAGAUCCACAUAAUUGCAAAAACAGGCUAAAUAUGCUGAAGUUAGUGACAUCCUGUCCAAAAGACACCAGAAUUUAUGGAUUUCCUUCUGCAUCAAAAAGAUCAUUCAACACAUUUAAUUCCAACUUACCUGUUUUACAACCCACAUCUACGAUGAAACCAAAUAUGAUUGACUUGGUACCUUGCUGCUCUCGUGCUUCAUGUAUCCAAGGAUUUGCAUCCUUGACUGAAGUCCCAGCCACAGCAUGGGAAAGUGAAACAAAAACAAUUCUGAUGGAACCUCAGAAGAGGCAAAAACAGACUGUGGCACUAACUGGACAGGAGCAUCUAUGCCCCUGCAAUAAGAAAAAUAUGCUGAAGUUAGCGACAUCCUGUCCAAAAGAGACCAGAAUUUAUGGUUUUCCUUCUGCACCACAAAGGACCAGAUCACUGGACAUAGUCAACUUAAACACACCUGUUCCUCUAAUAACAUCCAAGGUGGAACCCAGUAUGAUAAGUUUUGUACCUUGCUGCUCUCGCGCCUCACAUAUCCAAGGAUUUGCAUCCUUGACUCAAGUCCCUCCCACAGAAUGGCAAAGUGAAACAAGAACUUUUCCAAUGGAACCUCAGGAGAGACAAGUAUUGACCAUGGUACAUACUGGACAGGAGCAACUACCCCACUGCAACAGGGAAAAUAUGCUGAAGUUAGUGACAUGCUGUCCAAAAGAGACCAGAAUUUAUGGAUUUCCUUCUGUACCAAAAAGAUCAUUCAACACAUUCAAUUCCAACAUGCCUGAUCUUCAACCAACAUCUAUGAUGAAACCAAAUAUGAUUGACUUUGUGCCUUGCUGCUCUCAUGCCUCCUGUAUCCAAGGAUUUGCAUCCUUGGCUGAAGUACCAGCCACAGCAUGGAAAAGUGAAACAAAAACAAUUCUGAUGGAACCUCAAGAGAGGCAAAAACAGACUGUGGGACUAACUGGACAAGAGCAUCUACGUCACUGCAGCAGAAGAAAAAUGCUGAAGUUAGUGACAUCCUGUCCAAAAGAGACCAGAAUUUAUGGUUUUCCUUCUGCACCAAGAAGAUCCCUCGACACAAUUAAUUUGGACAUACCUGCUUUUCAGUCCACAUCUACGAUGGAACCAAAUAUGAUCAAUUUUGUACCUUGCUGCUCUCGUGCCUCACAUAUCCAAGGAUUUGCAUCCUUGACUGAAGUCCCAGCCACAGCAUGGGAAAGUGAAACAAAAACAAUUCUGAUGGAACCUCAGGAGAGGCAAAAACAGACUGUAGCACUAACUGGACAGGAGCAUCUAUGCCCCUGCAACAACAAAAAAAUGCUGACGUUAGUGACAUCCUGUCCAAAAGACACCAGAAUUUAUGGAUUUCCUUCUGCACCAAAAAGAUCAUUCAACACAUUCAAUUCCAACAUGCCUGUUCUUCAACCAAAAUCUAUGAUGAAACCAAAUAUGAUUGACUUUGUGCCUUGCUGCUCUCGUGCCUCAUGUAUCCAAGGAUUUGCAUCCUUGACUGAAGUCCCAGCCACAGCAUGGGAAAGUGAAACAAAAACAAUUCUGAUGGAACCUCAAGAGAGGCAAAAACAGACUGUGGGACUAACUGGACAGAAGCAUCUACGUCACUGCAGCAGAAGAAAAAUGCUGAAGUUAGUGACAUCCUGUCCAAAAGAGACCAGAAUUUACGGUUUUCCAUCUGCACCACAAAGGACCAGAUCACUGGGCCUUGUCAGUUUAGACAAAUAUAUUAGUCUCCCCACAGUAGUACCAAACAUGAUAAGUUUUGUACCUUGCUGCUCUCAUGCCUCACGUAUUAGAGGAUUUGCAUCUUUGACUGAAGUCCCAUCCACAGAAUGGCAAAGUGAAACAAGAACUUUUUCAAUUGAACCUCAGGAGAGACAAAUAUUGGCCACAGCACUUACUGGACAGGAGCAACUAUGCCACUGCGACAGGGAAAAUAUGCUGAAGUUAGUGACAUGCUGUCCAAAAAAGACCAGAAUAUAUGGCUUUCUUUCUGCACAAAAAAGAUCACUAGACACUUUAAAUUCUGACAUACCAGCUCUUCAACCCAUAUCUACGAUGAAACCAAAUAUGAUUGACUUUGUACCUUGCUGCUCUCGUGCCUCCCAUAUCAGAGGAUUUGCAUCCUUGGCCGAAGUCCCACCCACAGCAUGGGAAAGUGAAACAAAAACAAUUCUGAUGGAACCUCAGGAGAGGCAAAAACAGACUGUGGCACUAACUGGACAGAAGCAUCUAUGCCCCUGCAACAAGAAAAAUAUGCUGAAGUUAGUUACAUCCUGCCCAAAAGAGACCAGAAUAUAUGGUUUUCCUUCUGCGCCAGAAAGGACCAGAUCACUGUACAUGGUCAGUUUAGACACACCUGUUCCAAUACCAACAUUCAAGGUGGAACCCAAUAUAAUCAGUUUUGUGCCUUGCUGCUCUCGUGCUUCAUGUAUCAGAGGAUUCACAUCUUUGGCUGAAGUCCCAACCACAGAAUGGCAAAGUGAAAGAAAAGCUUUUCUGAUGAAACGUCAGGAGAGGCAAAUCCUGGCCACAGCACUUGCUGUACAUGAGCAAGUAAUUUGCUGCAAUGGGAAAGAAAUGCUGAAGUUAGUGACAUCCUGUCCAAAAGAGACCAGAAUAUAUGGUUUUCCUUCCGCGCCAGAAAGGACCAGAUCACUGGACAUGGUCAAUUUAGACACACCUGUUCCAAUACCAACAUUCAAGGUGGAACCCAAUAUAAUCAGUUUUGUGCCUUGCUGCUCUCGUGCUUCAUGUAUCAGAGGAUUCGCAUCUUUGGCUGAAGUCCCAACCACAGAAUGGCAAAGUGAAAGAAAAGCUUUUCUGAUGAAACGUCAGGAGAGGCAAAUCCUGGCCACAGCACUUGCUGUACAUGAGCAAGUAAUUUGCUGCAACGGGAAAGAAAUGCUGAAGUUAGUGACAUCCUGUCCAAAAGAGACCAGAAUAUAUGGUUUUCCUUCCGCCCCAGAAAGGACAAGAUCACUGGACAUGGUCAAUUUACAUCCAUCUAUUCCACAUGUUUCAUGUGUCCCAGGUUUUCCAUCAACAAAAAGCUCUGAAUGUAAGCCUACAAAAAAUCCACAUAAGGUCCUGUUUGAGAAGCGGCUGAAUGAAAAGGUUUUUCUUGCAAAAUUUCCAGCAAAACAAUAUAAACAAAAUGAAAUUAAGAAGAUGGUAGCAAUGGCUUCAUCAUGUCCACGUCUUAGUCAAAUUCAUGGGUUUCCUAGUGUUUUGCCAGUGAACACAAUAGAAGAGAAAACAAGGCUCAUUCUGGUGCCUUCCUCUACUGAAAAGAGUAAAUUACAGGAACUACCUAAUGCACAGACAUCUGCUUGCAGCCCCGUCACAAAACAUGCAUAUGAAGACAAAGGUGGUACAAAGCAAAGUAUAGAUGUUUAUCUAGAUAAUGGCAAAUCACAGAUAGAGAAGAUAGCAGCAGAGAAAGCCGUGACAUUGAAGAAAUGUUUGGAUUCAACAGACACAGCAGGUGUCUUUGGAUGGGAAGUAUUGGAGACAGAGGGAACAGUAACAGAAAACGAAACUGAAUAUUCUUUGUCAGCAAAAGAGACCUCUGGAUUAGUAAAAGCUAUUGUUGGUGUUUUCCACAAAGGGUGAGUCUGAGAUCAGUUUGAAACUGCAACCAUGUGCAUGCACCAUUGAGUAAGAGAUUGUGGCACUUUAUUUACUUUGAUAUUUGACCAUUUUUGUAAAUACCUACUUGUUUAUUUCUUUGUCUUCAUCUAUUUCUCACAGUUAUGAAACAGUAGCGUCCAUUCUGGGGCCAUCUAACUCUGCUUUAGCUGAAGCUGAACACACUACUGUGGAUCUAAAAGAUGGGACAAUGACCCUUUCAAAUGACUUAUUUUCACAUUUUACUGAUACAACUACUCCUAUACAUAAGAUGAAAGGCAGGUCUGAGGACAUUCACACAAAACAUAACACUGAAUAUCCAACAAAAAUUGAGCCUUACAUGUCGGACUUAGUGAAUGAUCAUUCAGCAUUUCCACUACCAGCUACUGACAUCGAUGACAGGUUUUUAGUUUGCUCAAGCAUGGAGAAAUGGCUACCCCUAUCAAGAGCAGAUACAAGCAAAAUAUCAAAAGACGGUGAACAACUGCAGGAAAAAGAGUCCUCUCUUGGUCAAGAGUUCAAAAAUGAGAGAGUGACCAUAGGGCAAGACUCUGCUCAGAUAUCAAUGAACUCUGAAAGGUUGCUAUCAAGACACCAAGCUGAGGUACAACACAAUGACAUUAGAAAGGUGUUGUCUUCUUCCCAACUGGAUUCAGGGUGAGUGCUGGUAGAUCAUGUUUGGUGGCAUGGUGUGUGUUCUACAUCUUUGGUAUUUUUGGUGAUAUCCUUUUUGUUGUGGUGUUUAUUAGUAUAUAGUGCUCAGGAAAUCAUGAUUGCAAAGGGUUUUAUGAAGUAAACUUUACUUUUGUGCUACUGUACCAAUUUAAUGUGCAUGUAAAACAGAUUUUUAAAGUAGUAAUUUGUACUUUGAACUGACCAAACUUUGACAUCACAUGUGCCAUUUUGGUCAGAAAAUUAAUUGAAGAUAGGAUGCAUGGUACAAACUGUGAUAAAACAGCCAAUUCUGAAGUUUGUCUUCUCU